AUUGUAUUGCACACCUCUAAAAAAAACACUGCCUCUGAUUUAUCAAUAUAAAAAAGAUCCUCAGAGGAGGAGGGCACUUUUGUGUGAUGGCAACUUCACUUCUAGGGCGUGGCGCUUUGCUCCGGAAUCAGACGCCCGCAGCCAAACUUGUCCCCUCCUGUAGAGUAGGAAGCAGCCGGGCGCCGGGGCUACUGGGGGUGCCAGGAAGAACCGAGGUUGGGAUCUACUCCUCUGGCCAUGCUUGCUGCUACCUGUAAUAAGAUCGGCAGCCCCAGCCCGUCUCCCUCCUCCCUGUCGGACAGCUCUUCCUCCUUCGGUAAAGGCUUCCACCCCUGGAAACGCUCCUCGUCCUCCUCCUCCGGCAGCUGCAACGUAGUGGGUUCCAGCCUCUCCAGCUUCGGCGUGUCGGGGGCCGCCCGGAACGGCGGCUCGUCCUCGGCAGCGGCGGCGGCCGCGGCGGCUGCAGCGGCGGCCGCGGCCCUGGUGUCGGAUUCGUUCAGUUGCGGCGGCUCUCCCGGCUCCAGCGCCUUCUCGCUCACCUCCAGCAGCGCCGCCGCCGCCGCCGCGGCAGCCGCAGCUGCGGCGUCCAGUUCGCCCUUCGCCAACGACUACUCGGUGUUCCAGGCCCCGGGCGUCUCUGGGGGCGGCGGCGGCGGAGGAGGCGGCGGCGGCGGCUCCGCUGCGCACUCGCAGGACGGCUCCCACCAGCCGGUGUUCAUCUCCAAGGUGCACACGUCGGUGGACGGGCUGCAGGGCAUCUACCCGCGCGUGGGCAUGGCGCACCCGUACGAGUCGUGGUUCAAGCCCUCGCACCCGGGCCUGGGCGCGGCGGGCGACGUGGGCUCCGCGGGCGCCUCCAGCUGGUGGGACGUGGGCGCCGGCUGGAUCGACGUGCAGAACCCCAACGGCGCGGCGGCGCUGCCCGGCUCUCUGCACCCGGCUGCCGGGGGGCUCCAGACGUCGCUGCACUCGCCGCUCGGAGGCUACAACUCGGAUUAUUCGGGUCUGGGCCACUCGGCCUUCAGCAGCGGCGCGUCGUCGCACCUGCUCAGCCCCGCGGGCCAGCAUCUCAUGGAUGGCUUCAAGCCGGUGCUGCCUGGCUCCUACCCGGACUCGGCACCGUCGCCGCUGGCGGGCGCGGGCAGCUCGAUGCUGAGCGCGGGGCCGUCGGCGCCUCUGGGCGGGUCGCCUCGCUCGUCUGCGCGCCGCUACUCGGGCCGCGCCACCUGCGACUGUCCCAACUGCCAGGAGGCGGAGCGGCUGGGCCCGGCCGGGGCGAGCCUGCGGCGCAAGGGUCUGCACAGCUGCCACAUCCCCGGCUGUGGCAAGGUGUACGGCAAGACGUCGCACCUGAAGGCGCACCUGCGCUGGCACACGGGCGAGCGGCCGUUCGUGUGCAACUGGCUGUUCUGCGGCAAGCGCUUCACGCGCUCAGACGAGCUGCAGCGGCACCUGCGGACCCACACCGGCGAGAAGCGCUUCGCCUGCCCGGUGUGCAACAAGCGCUUCAUGCGCAGCGACCACCUCAGCAAGCACGUGAAGACACACAGCGGCGGCGGCGGCUCGGCGGGCUCGGGUGGCGGCGGCAAGAAGGGCAGCGACACCGACAGCGAGCACAGUGCGGCGGGAAGCCCGACCUGCCACUCCCCGGAGCUGCUGCAGCCCCCGGAGCCCGGGCACCGCAACGGCCUGGAGUGACUG